AUGUCCCUCUCAAACCCGUCCGACUGGGACAGAACAGCUGCUGAAUAUGCACAAAUACCUAUACAAGGCCCAAUGUAUAUCCCCUGUACUAGGAUGCUGGAGGCUAUGAACAAUGCUCGCUCGUUCAGCACUGCUUCGACGACCCUGGACAUCGGCAGCGGUCCCGGAACGGUUGCUACUUUGCUGUUCAAGAACUAUGGGAAACAUAUUCCCCAGACAGCGAAGUUAAUCGCCACUGACUUCUCGCAAGGCAUGGUUGAAGCUGCCAGAAUGAGGAAAGAGCUAGAAGCCAACUCCGAAGAUGUGCAUUCCGCGGGCUGCUGGGCGAGACUCGAACUCGACGUAAUGGAUGCACAGAACCUGGAAAAGAUUGCUACCGGUAGUGUAUCUCACAUCACGGGAAGCAUGGUCUAUUUCAUGUUGCCGGACCACAAGAAAGGACUCUCUGAAGCUCACCGUGUUUUAUCGGAUGACGGCGUGUUUGCCUGCACCAGCUGGGCGAAGGUCGGAUGGAUGGAGUUCCUGACACAGGCGGCUUGCAAAGCCAGCAAGAAAACUGCACCAUCGGUGGCUUUGCCAACUAUAUGGAAAACUACCGAAGGCAUUAAAGGCGAAAUGGAAGCUGCCGGAUUCCGGGGUGUCCAUACCGAAUAUGUUGAGGCCCUUUGGCAUAUUCCUGAACCAAAGAAAGCCGUCGUGGCGUUUACGAGGAGCUCCAAUCCAGGAACAGAGAUGAUCAUCAAGGGCCUCAGCGAAGAGGAGUUGGCCGUGUGUCGUGAUGAGUGGGUAAAACUGGUCGAGGAGAAUGGAAACGUGUGCAAGGGAAUAGCAGUUCUGGGUCUCGGGAGGAAGUGAUUAUCUACCAUAUAUUGCAUUGAUCAUUCGGAUCAGCUUUUGUAGCAUUCAGAAAAGAUGGGUGAUUCUCUCCUAGUAGAACAAGGCAUCUGCUUGCAACACUACCACUUGGGUAUAUAAAAUAAUGGCACCGCCACCAGAACUUGCAUAUAAUGAGAGCAGUUUCUGAUAUGACCAUGCCUCUAAGAACGUAUAUGGUUCCACUAUGUAUUCUCAUUCGGCAACGCCGUCUAUCGGAUGCACGGAUCAUAUGUGUACCGAUUGGUAGGAAGCCGCACUGAAGCGUAGAAAUAGGCAUCAUGAAUAUGACACCAGCACGGACGACAAUUGUCUAAGUACUUGGUAAACAGAGUUCCUGACAACCUCUGGUGGCU